UACUGCAGCACGUCCAACCCGGCCUUCGAUCUCAGCGGCGCCGCCAUCAGCGACAUGGCAGAGCGCGGAAAGGAGGCGGCGCUACGGAACAUCGGGCUGGACGACGUGGUGUAUAAGAGGCUGCCGUGCAAGUACCCGAACCAGAACAUGGCAUGAAGUACUCAAGAUCUUCUUCUUUUGAUGUAAGCACGUCCAACCCGGCCUUCGAUCUAAGCGCCGCAGCCAUCAGCGACAUGGCAGAGACCGGAAAGGAGGCGUCGCUAAGGAACAUAGGGCUGGAGGACGUGAUGUACAAGAGGGUGCCGUGCGAGCAUCCGAACCAGAACAUGGCAUUUCACGUGGACGAGGGCUCCACAGCAUUCUGGCUGGAGUUCGUGGUGAAGUUCCACGGAGGGCCCGGCGACAUCGAGAGCGUGGAGGUGCUGCACAGCGGGAGCUCGUCGUUCCAGCCGGCGAAGCAUAACUGGGGGGCCAACCGGAUGCUGAUCAACACAUCGAUGAAGGCGUUCAAGGCCCCCUACGACAUCAAGGUGGUGUCCAAGCUCAACGGGCAUGCCGUCACGGCGAACAAGGUCAUCCCGGAGUUCUUCGAGCCCGGCAAGCUGUACGAGAGCCACGUGCAGCUCGCGUACCAGAAUGUGGCGCAUUCCAGGGUCAGGAUAGCGACGAAAGUCAUGCACACGAAGAACCAGGACUGUGCACACCCAUCGCAUCGCAUCGCAGGAAGGCAGUUGCAGGCGAAGGCAGAGAUUGAUUCAGGAUGAUGAAUAUGAGGAGGAGGAGGAGGAGGAUGCAUGUGUGGCAUGAAGCUGUAGAGGGACAGUGCGAGAUUGGCGAGGGAGUGUUGGAGAUCAUCCAGCUACUACGUUACAUUACGUGACGUGACGUGACGGAGAGGUGCGAUUGUGGAGAUGCUCCAGAGGGUCGGGGAUUUGGAGGUGGAGAGGAAGUGAGAGUGAGAGUGAGUGCGAUGUGGUGGUGCAGAGGGAGGGAGAGGUGUAACAUAACAUAACACAAUACAAUACACACUCACAACACACACACACAUAUAUAUAUAUAUAUAUAUAUAUAUGUUUAUGGGUGUUGCACGUAUAACGACGCAUGGUUGGGGUGUGAUUGUAGCCCUGGUCUCGGGGAAUGGAUGAGUAAAUAUUUAAAUGUGAACAUUCACCAGAAGGUCCUGGUUCUUAACCAACUCAAUACAAUGCAAUUCUGUCA